AUGGACAUCCGAUCCGGCGGCCGCGGACGCAGCAAUUCCUACAUCUCCAGAAAUGAUGAUGUGCUAGGAAGAACUGAUAGCAAUCAGACCGAUAACAUCAUCAGCGACCAGAAUGACGCUUCUUACAUCGGUAGCUCAGCAGCUGAAGCGCCUUCAUCCCCGACAAUUACAAAAUGGGACUCUGUGCACAGCUUGAACAAUGUUAAGACUCCGGCUCGCUCGUUUUAUCAUAGGUCUUUUCAUGGCUCUUUAGAUCCGGCGCAAUAUUCCUCGCAAGGUGUCCGGGAACAGACGGCGGAGCUUGCUUCACUUGCCAUCUCUGAUGUAGAGACUAACCUGUCCGCUGCUUCUGCGCCUCAUUUGAAUGAUUCCAUCCCACCGGGUCUGGACAUCUUUCGACCAGACACAAAAAGACGUAGGUCUAGUCAUGGUGCUGAUGACCGCCUUUCACGUCCUACCGCAAGCGACCUCCAGACAUCUGCUCGUUUCGAGGCGUCGUCAAUGUCUUCUACACGGCAGCUAUCGACUUCUAACCUAACGGCAAUCUUGCGCAGCUCUCCACCUAACACUUUGGAUAACCGGCCAGAGACCAGCACCUCUGCGGAUGUCUACAACCCGAGAGAUGCCGACUCCUCGGGCCACGUAGACGAAGCAGAAGAGGAGAAUCAGCCGGAUGAAGGAACCGCGCUCAUCCGCAAGAGAACGCUAUCGAAAGGGUACAAUUAUGGGACUACAUCAGGAGAUAUUGAAAGUCAACCUGUAUACAUAUACCAUCGCCGCAAAAACUUCUUGCAGGAUGCAUACUCUAGGACUAAGAAGUUUUUCUACGUUACGACGCAUCCAAAGUCCUGGGACCGCCUUGCCAUUUGGGAAGAAGGCGUUGUGCGUCCUGUUAGUCUCCUUCCUGCUGUCUUCCUGGGACUGCUUCUCAAUAUACUCGACGCAUUAUCCUACGGCAUGAUUCUGUUUCCUCUCGGCGAAGCCAUAUUCUCCGACUUGGGCUCUGACGGUAUAUCCAUCUACUAUAUCAGUACUAUCAUUUCACAGCUGAUCUUCUCGUCUGGAGCUUCUGUCUUCAAGGGCGGGAUAGGCAGUGAAAUGAUUGAAGUUGUCCCUUUCUUCCAUAAGAUGGCCUUUAUGGUUCUGAAUCGAGUUGGUGAAGACAAUCCUCGAGCCGUUCUCGCUACAACCAUUCUCUCUUUCUCGCUCAGCUCGAUCUUGACGGGUGUCGUUUUCUUUCUCAUGGGUGUUUUCAAACUAGGCUCGCUUAUAGGGUUUUUCCCUCGCCACAUCUUGAUCGGCUGCAUCGGCGGCGUGGGAUGGUUUCUUGUGGCUACCGGUGUUGAAGUCUCUGCACGAUUGCCGGGCUCCCUGGAGUAUAAUCUUGUGACGUUACGACAUCUUUUCCAGCUUGAUACCUUGUUUCUUUGGACGAUACCACUUGCUCUUGCGAUUAUUCUUCUGAUUGUGAGACGCUUCAUCAAAUCUAAUUUCUUGGUUGGGGGAUAUUUCAUUUUGGUGGCUGUUUUGUUUUAUCUUGUCAAACUUAUCGCACGCAUUGAUAUGCAUACAUUGCGAGCGGGUGGUUGGGUGUUUGAGCCGCCUGCGGCGUCUAAUCCGUGGUGGCAUUUUUACACCCUUUAUGACUUCAGCGUUGUCAACUGGUCGGCGUUGAUUGAGACAAUUCCUGCCAUGUUUGCACUGACAUUCUUUGGUAUACUUCACGUCCCUAUCAAUGUCCCAGCUCUUGGAAUAUCUACUGGAGAAGACAACGUGAGUGUUGACCGGGAGUUGAUUGCACACGGUAUUACAAAUACGGUAUCUGGGCUUGCUGGAAGUAUACAGAAUUACCUUGUAUACACCAACAGCCUGUUGUUUAUCAAUAGUGGAGGUGACUCGAGACUGGCAGGUAUUAUGCUGGCAGCAGCUACCACCGGGAUCAUGGUCGUUGGGCCGGUUAUAAUUGGUUAUAUUCCAAUUCUCGUUGUUGGGGCAUUGAUCUUUAUGCUCGGGAUAGAGCUAAUGGAAGAGGCUUUGGUAGACACGUGGGGCAAGCUACACCGAUUGGAGUAUUUAACUGUCGUCAUCAUCGUCGUGACGAUGGGUGUAUGGGACUUUGUUAUCGGAAUUUUCGUUGGCAUCAUCCUUGCCUGUGUCAACUUUGUGGUGCAGACUUCACGCAAGUCAGCGAUCCGAGCAACUUAUUCUGGCGAAUUCACAGCGUCCACAGUUAGACGACCUCCCAUUCAGCAGAAAUUUCUGAAGGAGGCGGGAAGGCAGACAUUGAUUAUCAAACUGUCUGGGUUCCUGUUUUUCGGGACAAUAGUCAAAGUUGAAGCUACAGCACGUGGUCUGAUCGAUGAGGAAGCUUUCAUGAGACAGCCGAUAAGGUUUUUGGUUCUGGACUUUUCGCGCGUCAACGGUCUAGACUUCUCGGCAGCCGAAGCUCUAACGCGGAUCAAUCGGAUUCUGGGAAAGAGAAACGUGCAGAUGUUGAUUUCAGGGUUAGAUGUUGAAGGUGAAGUAGGCAAAAGUCUACAGAAUGUAGGAUUAUUUGCCGACGAGAGUCUGGUUCAGAUAUUCGAGGACCUGAACUCGGCGCUGGAGUAUUGCGAAAAUGAAUACCUCAAGGUAUUUUACAGUCGCAAGGAAGCCCUUAAGGAACAGCAGCAGUCUUCCAGAGCGUCUCUGGAGGUCCCCAGCAGCGGCAACCUACCAUCCGUUCUAGACCCAUACAGCCAUUCACCACGACGCAACUAUCUCCAACAAGCCGCCCUUUCUACCCUCCGCGAAGACGAAACAGCAACGAACAUUGCACAAAAAUGGACCACAUUCCGCCAACCACUACCCCUCCUCCUCCAAACCUUCCAGGGCCUCACAACUCAUCAAUCUGAAGACUUUUGGUAUCCAGCAUGCGCCUACUUCCGGCGCGAGACAUACCCCAAGGACACAGUCCUGUACUAUGAAGGCGACGAACCAAAAAUGUUCUACCUUCUCGAAUCAGGCAUGCUUCGCGCAGAAUACGAGUUGCCCCAAGGACGAUACUCUGAAUUGAUUGUUGCGGGACGACCAUGCGGCGAAUUACCAUUCUUUGGCGGCACGCCGCGUACGGCUACUGUCAAAGUUGAUCAGGAUUGUGUGGCCUGGUGCCUUGAUCAGGAGCGAUGGGCGGAUUUGAGGGCUGAAAAGCCGGAGAUUGCGCAGGAGUUGUUGAUGGUUACGUUGAAGUUGACUGCGGAAAGGAUGGAUAGUAUUACAUCACACGUCCUUGCCAUAGCCGGAUGAGGUAG